GCGUCAUCUGUGCGCGCGCGGCGCUCUCUGCGUGUCGGUGUCGCGGGUGUCGGAGCGGAGCGGGGCGGCAGCGGGAGCCGCGGGCGCUGGGCCACCGGGCCGCCGCCUUCCCCGCCUCUGCUGACCGCGGCGGUCCUGCUUCCCGCGGGCCGCAGCCGCCAUGAGCCAGUUCAAUUUCGGGUCGGGAGCGGCGGGAGGCGGCUUCACUUUCGGCACGCCGAAGGCGGCUGCCACGACGGCCACGAGCGGCUUCUCCUUCUCCACGCCUGUCGCCUCCGGGGGCUUCAGCUUCGGGAGCGCGGCUCAGACGCCUGCCGGUAGCAGCCAGCCCGCCGGCCUCUUCUCAUUCAGCACUCCGAGCAGUGCCGCGCAGCCGGCGAGCUUCAGCUUCGGGACCCAGGCCACGGCCGCGGCGGCGCCGGCAGCGAACGCGUUCUCGCUGGGGGCAAAUGCACCAAAAUUAAACUUCGGAGGCAGCACUCAAACUCAAGCUCCUGGAAUCACAGGGGGGUUUGGGUUUGGCACCUCCGUACCAACCAGUGUGCCCUCAAGUCAGGCAGCAGCCCCUUCUGGCUUUGUGUUUGGAUCUGCUGGCACCACCACCACCACUGCCACCACCACCACCACGCAGUCUGGGACAACUGGAGGGUUCACUUUUUCUGGUGGAACCACAACUCAGGCUGGAACAACCAUCUUCAAUGUUGGCACUGCAGGCCUGCAAGCAGCACCCACAGGGUUGACCUUUGCAGCAGCACCUGCAGCUGCUGCCACCACUGCUGCCACCUUAGGAGCUGCAACCCAGUCAACAACCCCCUUCAGCCUUGGGGGGCAGCCUGCAGCAGCCACUGGUGUACCCACGGCAACUCCGACCACCAGUACCAGCCAGGGACCUGCUCUGUCCUUUGGUACCAAGCUUGGAGUAACAUCCACAGCUGCUACAACUGCUGCCACAACCACAACUUCCAUUCUUGGUUCCACGGGACCUCCCCUGCUUUCAGCUAUAGUGAGUUCUUCAGCAUCAACACCAUCCACCACCACGGGCCUCUCACUUGGUGCCCCUUCCACUGGGACAGCCAGUCUUGGAACUCUUGGGUUUGGAUUAAAAGUUCCUGGAACAACUGCUGCUGCCACAAGCACUGCCACAAGCACAACUUUGACCUCUGGCUUUGCUUUGAAUCUUAAGCCAUUAACUACGACUGGUGCCAUUGGAGCUGGGACUUCUACAGCUACUGUAACUACAACCACCACCACCACCCCUCCAGUGAUGACUUAUGCCCAGCUGGAGAGCUUGAUAAACAAGUGGAGUCUGGAACUGGAAGACCAAGAGAAGCACUUUCUCCAUCAAGCUACACAAGUUAAUGCCUGGGAUCAGACACUGAUAGAGAAUGGAGAGAAGAUUACUUCAUUACACAGAGAAGUAGAGAAAGUGAAGCUUGAUCAGAAGAGACUGGAUCAGGAACUAGACUUCAUUCUGUCACAGCAGAAAGAGCUUGAAGAUUUGUUGACUCCUCUGGAGGAGUCUGUGAAAGAACAGAGUGGGACUAUCUACUUACAGCAUGCAGAUGAAGAACGGGAGAGGACCUAUAAACUGGCUGAAAACAUUGAUGCUCAGUUGAAGCGUAUGGCACAGGAUCUGAAGGACAUCACUGAGCACUUGAACACAUCAAGAGGCCCAGCAGACACAAGUGACCCGCUUCAGCAAAUCUGUAAAAUUUUGAAUGCACACAUGGAUUCAUUGCAGUGGAUUGACCAAAACUCAGCUGUGCUGCAGAGAAAGGUAGAAGAGGUGACCAAAGUUUGUGAGAGCCGCCGCAAGGAGCAAGAGCGCAGCUUUCGGAUCACAUUUGAUUGAGGGACUCCCAAGUUAGAAGGAUUAACCUGAAAUCUCCACAGUAAUUAGAGGUUCUUGGGGAUCUAGGUCUCAAAUAACAAUCGGAGUUUGUUUCUUUUCUUGCAAUAAAAUCUGCUGUUUGUUCCAAAGCCA